AAUCUAUCAACAAGUAAUCGCUGGAGUACCGCCACUAAAUAAACGCGUAGAAAAUAUUUCAUUAGUUUAUAUCAGAAAAUAUGUCUGCUUCCGUGGAAUUAAGCUCGUAUCGCGAUCAACACUUCAAGGGUUCUCGUUCGGAGCAAGAACGCUCACUCCGCGAUUCAUGCACACUUUAUGUGGGAAAUUUGAGCUUCUACACCACAGAGGAGCAGAUCCACGAACUAUUCUCCCGUUGUGGGGAUGUCCGGGUGAUUGUAAUGGGUCUGGACAAGUACAAGAAGACACCGUGUGGCUUCUGUUUUGUGGAGUACUAUAUAAGAUCCGAAGCGGAAGCUGCCAUGAGAUUUGUAAAUGGCACCCGCUUGGAUGAUCGACUUAUUCGUGUGGACUGGGAUGCUGGCUUCAUAGAGGGCAGACAAUAUGGACGCGGCAAAACCGGUGGCCAGGUGCGCGAUGAAUAUCGGACAGAUUACGACGCUGGAAGGGGCGGUUACGGCAAAUUGUUAUCUCAGAAGAUUGCUCCCAACACCGACAAUCGCUAACACCUAUGAUAAGAUUAAAGACUUAGCCUCCAGAUUUAGAUAUUAAAACGCCUAGUAAUAACAUCUCUAAUCGCAUAUAUUGUACGUUUUACAUAGUUCUUUUGAAGACGUAAUUGAUAUCAUUGCGGCCUAGCA